AUGGAUAAUCAUAUUCAUGAACUGUUACAUAUUAUGAAGGACUAUAACAAUAUUUGUAACAAGACUGGCAUUGGUGGUAAUGUUAGUGGUAAUAUUAGUGUUUGUAGAAAUAUGUUUAGAGAGACUUUAGAAAAUGUUAGAAAACGAGAGGAAAUAAUGCAUCAUAAAUCUGAAAUUAUAAAAAAUGAGAUAAAAAAUUAUGAAAAUUUAAAAAAAGAGUCGAAAAUGUUAGAAGAAGAUUUUGAUGCUAAAGGGUUGAAAAAAGAAGAUUACUCUUUACUUAUAUUGGCAUUGCUUCGUAAAUUGGGAAUUCGUUUUUUUGAAAAUCCAGAUACUCAAAAAUUAAAAGUAAUAAUUGAUAAUGCAUCGGAUGAAUAUGAAGUUUCCAAUUAUUUAUGGAAUUUAGUAUUUGAACUAGAAGAGGAAGAAGAAAGAAAUAAACAUUUUUUAAUGUGA